GACUAGCGGGACCGUGGUGCAGAUUCCCAUACGGUCAUGACGCAGGACAGUGGAGUGUAGGCAGCUAAAACUCAACCCACCGUCAUCCAGGGUCAAUCGACAAGCGUCUCCAGCCAUCGAUCUAAACAUAUUUCGCGAUAGGACUUUGAUCACACAAACGUUUGCCAGUCUUCUCGCUGCCCUUCUACCAUUUCAUCACGAGAGAUCCGAUAAUCACCCGUAUUCGGCCUCUUCUGCAUGUUUCCAAAGAGAUCUGUUCACUUAUAAAUUUCAUCUCUCCAUGGCACCCUCUCUCUUCCCAACCUCCGCCGAAAACUUUGCAGAUAUGGAGGGCAAACAUCUCAUCGUCGUCGCCAACCGUCUACCCAUCACAAUCACGAAAGAUGCUUCAGGCGAAUACCACUUCAAAAUGUCUUCGGGAGGGCUCGUAUCAGCCCUCUCCGGUUUCAAGAAGUCAUUGAGCUUUACCUGGAUCGGUUGGCCGGGCUUUUACAUUCCACCGAAAGACAGAGCUUACGUCGACAAGCGUCUAAUGGAAGAAUAUUCUUGCCAAGCUGUAUAUCUUGACGAUGACGUCGCAGAAGGGCAUUAUAACGGCUUCUCUAACUCUAUUUUGUGGCCAUUAUUCCAUUACCAUCCAGGAGAAAUGAACUUUGAUGAGGAGAAUUGGCUCAUGUACCGUCAGGCCAACUUCCGAUUUGCGGAAACAGUACGCUCGCAAAUCACACCCGGGAGCAUGGUAUGGGUGCAGGACUAUCACCUUAUGCUCCUUCCCAUGAUACUACGCGGCCUCGUUGACGGUUCAUCCGGAGGGGAUUACCAAAAGCAAGAGCUGACGAAGAUCGCGGAAGGUAUUGAAGAGGAAGUUAAUAUCUCCUCUGAGAGAAUACCCGACGUCAAGAUAGGGUUCUUCUUGCACACACCCUUCCCCAGCAGCGAAAUUUAUAGAAUCCUCCCUGUUCGUCGUGAAAUUCUCCUGGGUGUCCUGUUCUGCGACCUGAUUGGCUUUCACACUUACGACUAUGCUCGUCACUUUUUAUCUUCUUGCACGCGCAUCUUGGGCUUGCCCACUAUGCCAAAUGGUGUUGAGUUUGAAGGUCGCUUAGCUCACGUUGGAACAUUCCCUAUUGGCAUCGAACCUGCUUCAUUCAUCAAGAACCUAGAGAAGGAAUCCGUUAAAUCUCGGAUCGCUCAACUGGAACAGCGUUUCAAUGGUGUCAAAGUCAUCGUUGGGGUUGAUCGUCUCGAUUACAUCAAAGGCGUUCCCCAGAAACUACACGCCCUCGAACUCUUUUUGACGCAGCACCCUGAGUGGAUCGGUAAAGUUAGUGUGGGAUUGUUUGUGAAUACCUGUUUGACUUACUCGCAUCACCAGGUGGUGUUGGUCCAGCUUGCUGUGCCGUCUCGACAAGACGUCGAAGACUACCAAAACCUACGAUCGACGGUAAACGAGCUCGUCGGUCGCAUCAACGGUCAGUUCGGUACGGUCGAAUUUAUGCCGAUACACUUCAUGCACAAGAGUCUACCGUUCGACGAGCUGUGCGCUCUUUACGCAAUUAGUGACGUUUGUUUGGUGACGAGUACGAGAGAUGGAAUGAAUCUGGUCUCGUACGAAUAUAUUGCUUGCCAGCAGGCUCGUCAGGGUGCAAUGAUCCUCUCCGAAUUCGCCGGAGCCGCACAGAGUCUCAACGGAUCAAUCGUCGUGAACCCGUGGGAUCCUCAACAAGUCGCUGACGCGAUUCACGAAGCUGUCACGAUGGAUACGGAGACGCGUGCCGAGAACCACCGCAAGCUUUUCAAAUACGUCAAUAAAUACUCCGCGGCCUUUUGGGGCACGAGCUUCAUCAAGGAGAUGGGCAAGUUGAAGCAAGACGAUGUGGACAAGGAGGGACAAGCUGAGUUGAAGCCCAAGAACGACGAAGGGGCUGGUAGCGACCUCGUUGGGGGACAAGUGCCUACGCCACAGGUGGUAAGCCCGGGUGUAUAGACGAUCUGGGAAGGCAAGUAUCAUAACUUCUAUUUAGGCACCAGGUCGGAUGAUCGCGUUGCACACUUUACGCUUGACU